AUGGCGAGUAUACAAUAUAUUAAAGGUGUAAGGACCAGGUUCCGAAAUAUUUUAGACCUAGAAAUACAAAAGGGUGAUGGUCUGUUGAACACAGAAAUCGAUGAGGAAUUUGAUUUAGACAGAAUGCUUAACGAAGUGUCGAAAUGUUUUGAGAAGGUAAAAGAAUAUAAAGAAAAGGUUGAGAGACAAAGUGAAAAAUUAGUGGAAUCGAUUGACAAAAAAGAAAGCGAGAUGAUUGAGGAAAUUAUUGACGAAGAUCUCACCUUGUGUGAAAAAGCCUUCGACAUGUGUCAAAAUUUACAAGUGUUCACUAAAACGUUGAUGCAAAGUAAAGAAAAAUUAGAAUUUAAAGUUGAUCAAAAGGAUUACACCCAUGAUUUAGUGGAGGUUCAAAAGAACAUUCAACAGUUACUUGAAGCUCAAAUGAGACAACAAGAAAAAGAAAAACGAAAAGAAAACGAGAAAAUGUCAUCAAUUAAACUUCCAAAGAUAGAUAUGAUCAGUUUUAAUGGUGACAAAACAAGAUGGACAGAAUUUUGGGACAGCUUCAAAAAUGCUGUACAUAACAACAAAUACAUAUCAAAUGUUGAAAAGUUUAACUAUCUGAAGGGAAAACUAGUUGGCGAAGCAAAAUCUGCGAUAACAGGGUUGGCAUUAACUAGUGACAAUUACAUAAUGGCGGUGGAUAUCUUGAGAAAGAGAUUCGGUAAUACACAGGAAAUUAUUGACUUGCAUUACAGUCAGCUUAUUAACAUUCCAAUCGCUACAAGUAAAGUCAAUAGUUUACGAUGUUUGCUUGAUGGUGUUGAUCAACAUAUAAGGAGUUUGGAAGUUUUAGAAGAAAAUGUAAACCCAGGACAUAGUAGUAUCUAUAGUCAAAUCAAAGUUGCCUGA